AGAGUCCCUGUGCAUAACAACCAGGCGUAUUUCAAACUGUGACACGUACACUCUCGCCCUGUCUGAAGUAUAUCCCACUGCUUCUGGAUGAAUGCAGUUCUGCACUAUGUGAGCUAGCAUUUACUACCCCGAAGGUAACCAGAUGCUCGUCCUUCGUUUGGUUAUCAAUUUCCGCCGUGAAUGCCAACUCAGGUCCUCGAUGCGCCAUUCCAAUAUUCCGACUUGGACGUCCCCGUUUCAAAGAGAAGCCAGAUCCUCAUCAUCCAUGUGACAGGAAUAGCUCGUUUUAUCCGGUGACGAUUACAUGCUGCCUCUUCGAGGUUGAGCGAACGUUUUCCGUGGAUUCACCGCAGGUCACCGUCCUAGCGGUAGCAACGCGCUUUUCACUGCUACGGUCUUUUUAUAAAGGAUGGUGUUCUCUAUGAUCAUUGGGAAGCAACCAUCCUAUCGUUUGCUCUCUUCGCCAAAAUGCUGAAAUAUGCGACUGUCAUUCUGGCUACUGUUUCCGCUGUCCUUGCACAGCAAACCGAAUGGGGACAAUGUGGCGGUAUUGGCUGGACGGGACCGACUUCCUGUGUAUCGGGGGCUGCCUGCACUAAACUUAACGACUAUUAUUCUCAAUGUAUUCCUGGUGCUGCCGCUCCAUCGACAACUGUUACCUCUACCGCGUCGGGACCAACUGCGACGGCCCCUGCUGGCGCUCUACCUCCUCUUGGUGGUGUGAAUACUGCAGGAUAUGAUUUUAGUGUUGCGACUGAUGGAUCAUUCAACGGCACCGGUGUCAAUCCUCCCGUGGCACAGUACACUCACUUCGCCAGUGAGGGCGCAAAUCUCUUCAGAAUCCCGUUCGCAUGGCAACUGAUGAGCCCUCAACUUGGAGGAAAUAUUGACCAGAGCUUCUUCUCUCGCUAUGAUGCCACUGUCCAAUCCGCAUUGUCGUCAGGGUCUAACGUGUUCGUUAUCGUUGACCUGCACAACUACGCUCGUUGGAACAAUGGUAUCAUUGCUCAAGGGGGUCCCACCAAUGAGCAGUUCGCCAGCAUCUGGACGCAGCUUGCCGCGAAGUACGGCUCCAAUGAAAGGAUCAUCCUUGGUAUCAUGAAUGAGCCUCAUGAUAUUCCCUCUGUCGCCACCUGGGUCGAUACCGUUCAACAGACUGUUAAUGCGGUCCGGGCUGCUGGUUCCCAAAACUAUUUGCUUCUUCCUGGUAGUAGCUGGGCUUCCGCCCAGGCAUUCCCAACUGAAGCCGGACCCCUGCUUGUCAAGGUUACCGACCCUCUUGGCGGAACCAGCAAGCUCAUCUUUGAUGUUCAUAAGUAUCUUGACAGCGAUAACAGUGGUACCCAUGCCGACUGUGUUACGGACAAUGUUCCUGUUCUCACCGACCUCGUGAACUUCUUGCAAGCUAACGGUAACAGGCAAGCUAUUCUCAGUGAAACCGGUGGAGGCAACACUGCCAGCUGUGAAUCAAUGCUUGGUUCCGAACUCGCAUUUGUAAAGAACAGCUAUCCUACCCUUGCCGGAUUCUCCGUCUGGGCUGCUGGCGCUUUUGAUACUACCUACGUUCUCUCCGUUACUCCCAACGGCAACCAGGACCAGCCCCUCUGGGUUCAAGCUGUCCAACCGAAUCUUCCGUGAGACAUUCGAAAGCUCAGACGCCAGGUGUCUGUGUAGUACCAGUAGUUGUUUGUACUAUAUGGAUUGUUCAUUCUACUUGUCCCGUCUUCAAUAUGCAUCGGAAGUCGUGUAUUGCGCCAGGUUUUGGUAACAAGAUUGAUACUUGCCAUAUUCGGUC